AGGGUCCGCGCGGGGCUGGGGAGCAGCCGGGGUUCCUCACGCAGCGAGGGGCGGAGCGUGCUCGGCGGAAAUGUGCCGAGCUGUUUCCCUUCCGUCACCGGCUGCCUCGUGACCCCGAGCAGCCCGCGGGGCCGGGCGAGCGCCGGGUGUGUGGAAGUGGCACCGGGUUGAAUUCGGGUCUCCAGAUGCCCAACGGCAAUGACGAUGGGCAGGAGUUUCACUGCUGGGUCUUGUGCUGCUCCCUAGGGCAAGACAAGGUGGCACGUCCCAAACUGCAUUUCUGGCCCUCAAGUCCCUGGCAGCGGGCUGGAGCUUCAGCUGCCCCCCUCACCCCAGCAGGAGGCUGAGUGAAGCCUCUGAAACUUUCCUGGCCAUGCUUGGUGAAGGAGCUCUCUGCAAGUCCCCUUCCACUUCUGCUGGCACCCUACCUGUGCUUUGUCAGACAUCCACACUUCUUUAGAUGCAAUGGAUCAACUAGAACAAAGAGUAAAUGAAUUUUUUAUGAAUGCAAAGAAAAACAAACCUGAAUGGAGAGAAGAGCAAAUGACGUCAAUCAAAAAGGAUUACUAUAAAGCUUUGGAAGAUGCAGAUGAGAAAGUACAAUUGGCAAAUCAGAUUUAUGACUUGGUAGACCGGCACUUGAGAAAGUUGGACCAAGAACUAGCUAAAUUUAAAAUGGAACUUGAGGCAGAUAAUGCUGGGAUUACAGAAAUACUAGAAAGACGUUCUCUGGAACUGGAUACACCAUCACAGCCAGUGAAUAACCAUCAUGCCCAUUCACACACUCCAGUAGAGAAAAGAAAGCAUAAUCCAUCUUCUCACCAUAGUACAACAGAUCAUGUUCCCGAAAAGAAGUUUAAAUCUGAAGCUCUUUUGUCUACUCUCACUUCAGAUGCCUCUAAAGAAAACACACCAGGGUGUCGAAACAGUAAUUCAUCAUCCUCUUCCAACAAUGCAUACAAUGCAAACUCUUCUCAGCCACUGGCAUCAUAUAACCUGGGCUCAUUAUCUUCAGGAUCUGGAGCUGGUGCUAUUACCAUGGCAGCAGCUCAAGCAGUGCAAGCCACAGCACAGAUGAAGGAAGGAAGAAGAACAUCCAGCUUAAAAGCCAGCUAUGAAGCCUUUAAGAACAAUGACUUUCAACUUGGGAGAGAAUUUUCAUUAUCCAGAGACUCAACUGGAUAUUCAUCAUCAGCUCUGGCAUCUACAUUAACACAAACAUUAAGUUCAUCAACUACAGAUUCACGGAGUGGUCGAAAAAGCAAAAACAACAACAAGUCUUCAAGCCAGCAGUCCUCCUCCUCAUCAUCAUCUUCAUCUCUGUCAUCGUGUUCUUCGUCGUCUGCUUUAGCACAGGAACUAUCUCAGCAAACAGCAGCAAUACCAGAGUCUGAUUCUAACAACCAAGUUGAUUGGACCUAUGAUCCAAAUGAGCCACGUUACUGCAUUUGUAAUCAGGUGUCCUAUGGUGAAAUGGUGGGCUGCGAUAACCAAGAUUGCCCAAUAGAGUGGUUCCAUUAUGGCUGUGUUGGAUUGACAGAGGCACCAAAAGGGAAAUGGUACUGUCCACAGUGUACUGCUGCAAUGAAGAGAAGAGGCAGUAGACAUAAAUAAGUUUCUUCAUUUGGAAAACAAAUGACAUCCUAAAGAUUUUAUAGAGGACUUUAACAAAUCACAUUUUGCAACCACUUAAAGAAGGAUUAAUAUAGCAAUCAUAAGAUCUUGAACUAUUAGUUUUGCUAGUUGUGUUUUAAUAUUGUAAGUAAAUUAUUUAUGCACUACUGAUGUGCUAUAAAUAUUAUUCCAGUUAGCCUUGGAUUCUUCCAGUGGCCAACAUAUGCAGACAUUUGUACUCUCAAACCAUUUUCUCAGAGCAGUGGGCAUUCUACAAUAAUUCAGUCUUCAAAGAAUUCUAACAGGAGAAGAUUUUAAAUGUAUGUUUUAUAUUCAACAGGCAUAUUCUGCUGCAUGUACUGUACUCAAGAGCUGUUAUAUAACAGUAUGUAUAUAAAUGGUGCAAAAAGUCAGUGUAUCUAAAAAGAAUAUAAGGCAGUUGUUUUUAUAAUGCCUUUAUAGCUUUGUUUCUUUGUGAAACUAAAUUCAGCAGGCUGAAGAAAAUGGUUCUUGUAUAAAGCGGGCUGGUGUCCUCUAGAGUACUUGGGUACAUAAAAACAAACUCCUGUAGAGUAAAAACAAAUUUGUGCCAUUAGUCUUUAUAUGUCUCUGCACCGAACAGGGUGCAGAUCAUAAGAAAAAGGGUGUUAAAGUGAUAAAUUUUUUAUACCAAAUGUGUUUAUUUUUUUGUGCAAGUAAUCCUUUAAAUUGGAAUUGUAUUAGGUGUUAAAAUUAAAAAAAAACAACAAACUCAGAUGUUGAUAUUGAUGCUUUGCAUACUUUGUUGGAAAAGAAUAAAACCUCAGAAUUAAUCUGUCA